CCCCUGGAAUGCUGGGAAAGGAUGGAGGAGUUCCAGCCGAGGGGGAGUGACGAGACCCAGGGAGGGCGAGAGAGAGAGAGAGAGAGAGAGAGAAUAUAUAUCUACAUCCCAAGGAGGCUGGCGCUCACAUUCCCAGCUGGAUUACUUGGGACAACACUUGAGAAACAUCUCCGGCUCAGAGUCAUUGAGCAAGCAAGGUUCCCAACCAUGGACAGUGUGGCAAACUGGCUGGUGGAGAACAAGGACAAGAUCGAGAAAGGGGUGGACAUCAUGGGUCAAGCGGCCGAGGUGCUGGCCGCCACCGUGGGUCAGAUCCACCCCAUCCUGGAGGCCGUAUUCUUGGCCUCGGCUGAGAUCCUCAACAACCCCGAGAGCAAAGAGGCCAUCUACCUGACGAAGAAGAUAGAAGAGGUCAAUGAGAAGGUGUUGGGCGUCCAGAAUGAGAUUGACAAAAUUGCUCUGGAGCUGCAAAGGACGUCCAUGAACAAGCAGAACUUUGACCGUGAGGCUCAGAUGCUCGGCCAGUACGAAAAGUUCCAGGAGUUUCUCAACGCCAAGCCAGACUGGAAAAUGAAAAAGAAGGAGAAGUUCCUCAAGUAUUACGAGAACACAGACGGCGACUUGAACUUGGACGCUCUCUACAACGCCGUCAUGGGAGAGAAUAUCUCAGGUGACCCCAUGCUGGACACGGUGGUCGCCACAGAGCAGAGGAGCAGGAGGGCAGUGGAGGAAUUCUGCGCUUCGCUGAAGAAGCUUUUCGUCGUCGGCCUCAUCGCCAUCAUGGGCUACGCCGCCCUCAAGGAGGGCGUGGUGGAGAGGGACUUGGUGACCAAGUGGCAGACACGAAUGGAGGCGGUGGAGAAACGGAUGAAAACCGCAGUGGAUCACUGCACAGAGACCUUUAUGGACCAAGCCAAAAUGGACCUGGAGAAAGAGCUGGAGGUGAACCCCGGCACAGUCAAUGAGGACUUCACCCGAGCACUCCUGGACUCCCUGGUGAAGAAGUACGACUGGGUCAAGUGGUCGGUCCGAGCCUUCAACAGCAGGGAGCGCAUCUUCUUCUACAACUGGCUGGCAGGGAAGAAGUUCCACGGCAGCGGCGGCGCCAGCUGGUUUGAAAUGACCACCAGCAACAAGAUCCAAGUGGUGGUGUCUUUCUGCGUGGACCCUCAGUCCAUCGACAAACGCCAGAUCAGGGAGCAGAUCGAGAAGCAAAAACUGAAGGGAAACAUGAUGGCGGUGGCGCUGACUCUGAACCAAUGCUUCCCCAACUGCCUGGUGCACGCCGUCAGCCACUACAAGGAGGUGGUGGAGUCCAACAACUUCAGCGUGGACACCUACUACUAUGGCAAACACAAACCAGCCUUCUUGUGCAUCCACCCGCAGUAGGCGGAGAAGACAGCAUCGUCUCACUUCAAAUCUUUAAUGCAUUCCUGUAAUGAGAUCUGCCGGGACUCUGUGUCACUUCACUCUUCUUAAGAUCUGCCGGGACUCUGUCACUUCACUCUUCUUAAGAUCUGCCGGGACUCUGUGUCACUUCACUCUUCUUAAGAUCUGCCGGGACUCUGUGUCACUUCACUCUUCUUAAGAUCUGCCGGGACUCUGUGUCACUUCACUCUUCUUAAGAUCUGCCGGGACUCUGUGUCACUUCACUCUUCUUAAGAUCUGCCGGGACUCUGUGUCACUUCACUCUUCUUAAGAUCUGCCGGGACUCUGUGUCACUUCACUCUUCUUAAGACACGCUUUAGUGGACAACACUUAUUUCUCAUCAGCCCGCUCAGGAAAAUGGGGGAAAAAAUCAUUCAUUAUUACUUGGGAUAGGUAACAAAUUCAGUAGUUUUGUAGGUACCAACCGAAUUCUGGUAGCGAUUGGCAUAAAAUCCGAAUGUACCAUAUUUGAAUAGCUUUGUUGAAUCUGAUGUCGCGUUUGGUUGCCAACUCAGCAGCAGCUCCAGCGCCGGGCAGGGAAAUAAGCAGUUAAGCACUCCGAGCGGACUCAGAAGGACACAUUCUACAUGAUAGUACAGUUUUUCCUGCCAACAAAGCAAAAAGAAGGCGCUUAAAAGUUCGUCAAGGCUCCACUUUUAAAAAUGCGCUAGCUCAAUGCUAGUUUACAUGGGAUAUGCCAUAUGCAUGCUACCGAUUAGCAUAAGCAAUCUUACAUGGCAAUUUCAACACCAUGUUUUCAAUCAGAACUACAACUAAAUGCACCUAACAAUCAAAUAGGAGUUUCACAUUUAUUAAGCCAUAAUCUCUCAAACGGGCCUACCUGUGCAUCCUGCCUGGAACCUGGAACCUGGAACCUGGAACCUGGAACCUGGAACCUGGAACCUGGAACCUGGAACUUCCCUCUUGGUGAUACAGUGGGACACGCUUCAGUUGACAACACUUAUUUGUCAACAGCCCGCAAUAUGCACAAACAAAAAGGUUCAAAAAGUCUUUAUUUUUACUUGGACAGGUACCAAAUUUAGUACGUUUAUCAGAACCAACCUAAUUCUGUCAGUACUACCAGAUACCGAUUGACGUAUCAAAUCAAACGCUACCAUAUUUUGAUAACUUUGUCAUGUUAAAUGAGGCCUUCAGAGUGGAUUCUGACAAAUUGCCGCUCAGUAAAGUGACAAUUUUUGUUGUCAACAAAGCAAGAAGAAGGCGCUUGAAAGUACAGUGAGGCUCCACUUUUGAAAAUGUGCUGGCUCGAUGCUACUUUACAUUGGAUAUGACAUAUUUCUGUUACUUAUUAGCAUGAACAUGUUUGUCAUGGAAAAAAUAUUCUAAAUAACUACCGAAAUGCACGUAAAAAAAAAGAUUGUUUGUAAUAAGUACAACAAUACUUACAGUAUAAACACUUUGUAUGACUCAACACAAGACAAGACUGGCACAUUCAACUUAAUAGCAAAGAAGACUACUUCCUGACUAUGACAAGACACAGAAGUCUAUACACUGCAUCUUCACAUAUAUAUAUAUAUAUAUAUAUAUAUAUAUAUAUAUAUACUUAAGACUCAGAGGUGUUAAAAAGUAAGAUAUGCAGUUUUCCUUAUCAAGUGUAAUAAAUAUUAAAUUUAGAACAAAUAAGAUUGUGUUAAUUAAAAGUGAUUAUUUAUUAAAAGAUGAACACACACAAAACUAUCAAAGUUUGCUGGUGUUGAAUUUCUACCACAUGGUUUGAAAUGUAAGAGGAAGCCGUCCCUAAUUGUCAGCCAUCAAUGUGCAAACCAUGGUAAGUUUCUGUUAUGUCAACAGCCGCUAAUGUCAACAGUCUGAGUGGCGUCAACAUAAACGGGUUCCACUGUAUAACAGGUCUACACACAAUUCACUCAAAUGUUCAGCGAGGAACUUCCGAGCCAUGAAUGUCCAGUUGGUGUCAUCCUGGAAGUUUGUAUUGCGGUCAGAUUGUACGUCAAAUGUGAAUGAGAUGAUGAAAUGUAGAUGAGCAAAUCUUGCCAAAUAAAGAUCUGUCAGCCAA